UUCUCUUUUAUCAACUUGUUUUCUUCUCUCUCUCUCUUACCGUAGUAUUUAAUUUAAAUUAUACAAAUCUAAUCCCAUUUGAUUAACUAGAUUAUUCAUUUCACGUAAAUAAAUAAAAAAUUAAAAUUAAGACAGAGAGAGAAAAAAAACGCGGCUGCUGUAUUCACCAAAAACAGAGACACGGUGAGAGAGAGAGAAAGAGAGAGAGAGAGAGAGGGACAAACUCUGUGUUGAUCGAUCUCAACUCCACAAUAACGAGAUUCAAUUCAAAGUUUCUCAGAAUUCAAACACAAAACUUAUUUUUUAAUUAUUAUUAUUUUUAAUUUUCGUUUUUGUGCUUCCCUGUUCUAAUUCUCGGAGGUUGUCGCUUUAAUUCUCGUUCCGAGCUGUUUUUGAGCUUGUGAUUCUACGCGAGCUUGCGAGAUCGUGUAGAAUUUUCAUUCUUAAGCUUCUGGCUGACUGUUUUGGUGGAAGUUUUUGAGGUGGAAGAGAAGGUUGGGAUUUUAAUGGAAGGUUCUCAAUGCAGAGGUUUAAGUUUGGGGGUUUGAUUUUGGUGUAUUCUGGUUUACUUGGAUGAUUUCUGCUGGAGGUAGGGAUGCGAGAAAGGGGUUAGGUUUAGGGUUAGAGCUUGGAUUAGGAGCUGGGAGGAGAGAGAUGGUGGAGUCUGAGCUUGAAGAAGGUGAAGCAUGCUCAUAUCAGAACCAUGAAGAUUAUGACGCCACCGUUGAUCCCGAUGUUGCUCUCUCUUACAUUGAUGAAAAAAUCCAAGAUGUUCUGGGACACUUUCAGAAAGAUUUUGAAGGCGGGGUGUCUGCAGAAAAUUUGGGAGCAAAAUUUGGUGGUUAUGGAUCAUUUUUGCCAACCCAUCACCGUUCACCAGUUUGGUCUCAUCCAAGGACUCCACAAAAAGUUCACAGUCAAAAUACACCCAGAUCUCCUAAUAUUGUGCAACUUGAGAGUGGGCAAGGGGAUUCUGUACAAUUUUCAACUGGAGCUCAGUCCUCAAGAUUUGGCCCAGGUUCUGCUACCUCCUCAAGGCUGCCUGCAGUUAAGGCACCCUCUGUAGACGAUGUAACCAAUCAAGAAAAGUGCAUAUCAAUCAUUGGUACUGAGGCACUCACUUCUAAGUGUGACUCCCUAAACAUGAAUGCAACUAGCAUAGCAGACCAGAAGGUACUGAAGGUUCGAAUAAAAAUGGGGCCUGGAAAUUUGACAACACGUAAAAAUGCUGCGAUAUACAGUGGACUUGGUCUUGAUAUGUCACCAACAUCGUCAUUGGAUGACAGUCCCUCAGAAAGCGAAGGAAUUUCGCGUGGUCCUCAAGAUGCUCCCUUUGAAUCUCCUACAAGUAUCCUUCAGGUUAUGACAGUUCUCCCUAUGUUGUUGUCACCUCUUCCGAAUGAUCUCAUUGAAUUAACCGAAAAUGAAGUACAUACUCGAGAUGGUAUUCGUCGUACUUUUCUUAUGGAUGGACCAGAAGGUUCUGGCAUGCUGCUACAUGAGUCUUACAUGGCAAAAGGUGACAGAAAAUUGUCAGGUGGGAAAAAGGUGAAGUCUUUGGAGGGUCAUGAGUCCUCAGUGGAAGUCAAGGGUAGCAAUAAGAAGAAUACUCGGAAUGAUCUUGGAGCUCUUUCAACAAAGGAACAAGGUAGAAAUGCAUUGAACAUGGAGGAGUUAGUUUCACAAACCUUGAAGCUACCACUUUUAUCCCGUGAUGAUUUGGUAAAGGAUGUUGAUGGACCAUGUAAUUCAUUGAACGAAACCAAAAAAGGUAUAAUUAGGGAGAAAAUCGCUUCCGAUCUGGCAGAAAAGGAAUGGGUGGAGCCAACAUUGGAUGGAGUGAAUGGUUUUGCUGAGAGGGCAAAGGGAGGUGCAGGGAGAAAAUUUGUGGGAGGGAAGGUUUCUGAGGACAACUCAUCAUUUUAUGCACCAAAGGACAUUCCUCUUGGCGAUAAAAUUUGUGACUCAGGAAUAACUGAAUCUAAUGUCUCCAAAGUUACGACAGCAUCAAGCACUGAAUUUACUGAACCUCCUAAGAAGGCUUAUCAAAGAAACAGUCUGCGUGAACAAGACAGUAUAACAUUACCUGUUGUGAAAGAACAUCCAUUCCCUGUGGGAAAGAAGAAGUCAAAGGGAAGUAAUAGCACUGUGGCUAUAGAGAAGGAGAAAGAAAACUUGAAGACUGGAUCCCCAUUGGUUACUAAACUGAAAAAGAGUUCUGAAGAUAGUUCAGCAUCAAAAAGUGAAACUGAAGAUGUCAGAGUACAGAAGGGUCUUUUAAAGCCUAGAGAUACUUAUAAAGAUUUCUUUGGGGAAUUGGAAGAAGAGGACAGAAUGGAUUCAACGGAAACCCCUAAGGAGGCUAAACUGAAGGACUCUGAGGUGGUUCAGAGGAGCAUGUCUACAAUCAAUUGUGGAGCAAAGGAGAGAUCAGCUGAUAAGAAAGUUGAUAAACCAUUAACAGCUGAAGUGUACCCCAAAAUGGCCACAAAUAUCUGGUACACCGGAAAUGGACAUGAUACUGAUGCUGAGAAUGAGAAUGUGAAAGGAGUUUCUGUCAUGAUGGCUCCUGUUGAUACAGAAGAUCAUUGGGUACUAUGUGACAGGUGUCACAAAUGGCGUCUUCUUCCUGUUGGCACAAAUCCUGAUAGCCUACCUGAAAAGUGGCUCUGUAGUAUGCUUGAUUGGCUGCCUGACAUGAAUCGCUGUAGUUUUACUGAGGAUGAAACCACAAAAGCUGUGAUUGCAUUAUACCAAGUGCCUCCUCCUGAUGGUAAAAGCAACCUGCAAAAUGUCUCUGGGAGUGUUAUGGUCGGAGGUACUGUGGCAACUGUUCAGCAUCCUGAUCAACACCAGCCAAAUAAUGAUCUUAAUGGCAUGCCUGUGGGGAAGAAAAAAGUUGUGAAGGAUUCAUCAAAUUAUGAAAAUAAAGAUGGCUUUUCUCAAUUGUCAUCUUCUAUAAAGAAAAAUUUGCCAUCAUCAGUGAGAAGUAGGAGCUUAAAUGAAGUGCACAAAUCUCCUGUUGUCAGUGAGGCUGAUGUUCCAGGGGAGAAACACAAAAAUAAGCAGAAGUUGGAGAACAAUUCUGAUGGAGGUGAUACAAAGAAUAUGAAAGUGAAAAGCCGGAGGGAUCCUGAUCAAGAUUGUUCUAGGCCAACCAAGAAAGUUAAGACUGACAAGAUACGUUCUACUGAUGAAGAAUGGAUUGCUGGACAGAGUGGGACUACUAGGAAGGUGAGCCAUGGCUCUAAUAGCAGCUUUCCAAUUCCUUCAGGGGAUUUAGGGAACUGUGAUGCUGUUGACAGUGUUAAAAAGAGGAAACUGAAGGAGUAUCAGGAUGCUCAAACAUGUAGUACAGGGAAUCCCCACCUUCAGGGGAGCAGAUUUUCUGCACAGGAGUUCAGUGAUUCAAGGAAGGAAAAGAAGACAAGAAAUUCAAAAUCUGAAGGAAGAGAAUCAAGUAGCAGUAAAGGCAGUGUUCGAACUGACAAAAGAGUUGGUCAUAUGAAAAACCAUAAAUUCAGGCAAAAUCCUGGGAGUUCACAUGUGAGCUUGGAUGUAAUGGACAGUUUAAAAAGGGACGUGGGAUCAGUGCAGGCUUCUGUAGCCACCACUUCCAGUUCUUCUAAGGUUUCUGGCUCACAUAAAACCAAAGCCAGCUUGCAGGAAGUGAAAGGCUCACCUGUGGAAUCAGUUUCUUCAUCGCCUAUGAGAGUUUUAUAUACAGAUAAAUUUCCAACCAGGGAAGUUGCGGUGAAAGAUGAGUCUCAUGAUACUGCCGUUGUGGAUAGUCCAAGAAGAUUCUCAGAUGCUGAAGAGGGUGGAAGUGAUCGAUCUGGAGCAGCUAGGAAGGACAAAUCUUUCACAAUGGUCCAUAAGUCUGAUUUUCAGCAUAAGGGUGUUAAUCAUACAUCAGUUGCUAAACCUAAAGCUCAAAUAACUGGCCAUCAUACCAAUAGUGGUGUGGGCACUGUUUCUCAAGAUGGUACUUAUCCUAUUAAAGAGCAGAUCAAGAAUCAAUGUGAAGACAGGACUGAUAGAUAUUGUGCUAAUGUGUCUAGAAUCCUGAAGAACAAUGCUGAAUCAGAUGUGAAGGGCAACAAGGAGAGCUGUAAGUCAGAAAAUCCUGCAGAAACUGUCAAGAAUACUAGUACUCCUAUUCAGCCACUAGACAAGUCUCCUUUAUCCGAGGCAAAACAAAAUGAUGGCAAAGUUAAGUCGCAAGAGAGGUCUGGGUUCAAGCCUGAUCAAAGUGAGAAUAUACAUGCUGGCAAGAAAGAUCUUUCAGGGAAAAGUGAGAGUAGCAAAAAAGAGAGUCAUUUCAAUAAGGGGAUCGACUUUCAAGAAGUUGGUACAGAUGCCGUAAACAAAAAGGAGGCACUAAAUACUCCAAGUCAGUUGCCAGACUGUCAUGCUGAAACAUCUUCAAAGAGGCCUCUUUCCGAAAGAACAGAUAAAGAAGUAAUUGGAAAAGGGAAGUCUUUGUCAUUGUUGCCCUCUGGAGGAGCUCAAGUUGAGCCAUCAAGUAAUUGCCCACGACCAGUUGUUGGUUUCCUUAAAGGAAAUGGAGAUGUGAAAGUUGAGCCUUCCAAAGUUGAUGAUGCAUCUAAGUUGCAGAAAAAGCAAAUAAAAAAAUCUGAUAAUCAAAAUGGAACUCAGCAAAUUGGUUCAAGAAAUCCUGUACCUAAUGGACACAGAUCUAAGGAGCUUGAUGCCCCUAGUCCAAUUAGAAGGGAUACUCAUGCUGCUACCAAUGCUUUGAAAGAAGCUAAAGAUCUUAAGCAUUUGGCUGAUCGUCUUAAGAAUGCUGGAUCCACACUGGAGGGCACUAGUCUCUACUUCCAGGCAGCCCUCAAGUUUCUUCUUGGAGCCUCUCUGUUAGAAUCUGGCAACAAUGACCAUGCUAAACACAGUGAUGUAAUCCAAUCACUUCAAAUAUAUAGCAGCACAGCAAAAUUAUGCGAGUUUUGUGCCCAUGAAUAUGAGAAAUCAAAAGAUAUGGCUUCAGCUGCUUUGGCCUACAAGUGCAUGGAGGUGGCAUACAUGAGGGUUAUAUAUUCUUCACACAGUAGUGCAAGCAGAGAUCGACAUGAGCUCCAGACAGCUCUACAAAUGGUUCCUUUAGGUGAGUCUCCUUCAUCAUCUGCCUCUGAUGUUGACAAUGUUAACAACACUACAGCAGCCGAUAAGGUUGCCUUAUCCAAGAGUGUAAAUUCGCCCCAAGUUGCUGGGAACCAUGUUAUUGCUGCACGAAAUCGUCCAAAUUUUGUGCGGCUGCUCAACUUUGCUCAGGAUGUUAAUUUUGCCAUGGAAGCCUCUAGGAAAUCAUGGAAUGCUUUUGCAGCUGCUAAUUCUAGUCCAGGCAUGGACAAGAAAGCAGGAGGUAUCUGCUCUAUUAAGAAGGCUCUUGAUUUUAGCUUUCAAGAUGUGGAGGGUUUGCUACGUUUGGUACGGAUUGCCGUGGAAGCCAACAAUCGUUGAGGGUCAAGUUAAUUAUGAAAUUGUGGGCCAUGACAAGUGCGUUUCUUGAUCAUGUUUAGAACCUUCACUGUGCAGAGAUCAUCUAAAACCCAAUUAUGAUGGGGAAAGGCUAUGUUGAAUCUCAAAGCAUUCUUGCCAACUCGUGAAGCCAGUGUUGUUUAUAGAUCUGUUGCCAUACACAGUGAAAGGGAAGUGUCAAUUUACGGUCAGGGGAAUUUAGCUGCUUUUUGUCGUGUUCAAGAAUGGAAGCUUUGGUAAACCCUGAGAUACUGUGGUGGCUUUGGGAUUCAGAAGUCGGGUGCUGUAAAGCCGAUCUUUAGAUGCUUUGAUGUGUCAAAUGAUGCUACAUAUAGGCAGACGUGGCAAUUUGAAAUUAGUUGCCUUCGUUUGUUCUGUUCUCAUUCUGGAGGAAUUCUUAUUUCUUCAAUAUGUAAAUAUGUAAAGUUAUAAGUGCUGGAGAGAGAUUUAUGGGUUCUUCGAUUAACUGUGAUUAUCCUUCUACUGUUGGGAACUGCACUUUAUCCUCUUUGUCCAGUAUCUCUACAGGAAUUAAAGUCAAACAGAGUCUGACUAAAGUUAUCUUGUACAAAUUUGGGAUUAGUCAUAGAACUAUAUUGUUUACUCUUCUUGUUGAUAUAGAACAAGCAGAAAAUAGAAAAGGUGCGAUGUACAGCAAGAAUUUUCAGCAGGUGAUGUGUUCUCAAUGGUUUCCAUGAGAGAACCAGAACCAGGAGGGUCUAGUAAUGUGCAAGAGCCCAAGAGAGUAAGGAAGCUGUUAGGGUAGACUCGAGACUACCAUCAUGUACUCAUAACAAUCACCUACAACACACCUUAUCCCAUAUGGUAGUCUCGAGUCCGCCCUGGCAGCUUCCUUACUCUCUUGGGCUCCUACACAGUACUGGACCCUCCUGUUUCUGGUUCUCUCAUGGGCUCUUUUGGCUGUGUUCGCAUCAGUUUGUCAACUUAUACAAGUGCUUCUGAUCAUGUGAAAUUAUUUUGUUGUAAGUAAGUGGAUGUCAAGGCUCUCUGACUCUUGAUUGCAUUUCAUCUCUCCUUUCUUCACUUGAAUAAAUAUUAGAGGAUCAAGUUAGGCAUUGUGCAAGCUGGUUGCUGCCUUUUGCAGAAUCUGACAGGUUAAGCAACUGAUGCAAACUUCAGAUGAAGCUACAAUUUAGUUGGCCAACUCUGUAACUGUCCGAAAGCUACCUUAGUGCAGAAUUUUCCUCCCUUGUAAUCUACACAGAAUAAAUGAGAGUAGCAACCAGCAAGUGUAGGGCACUUGCACUCCCUUCCCUCCCUCCUCUGUUGGAAGGGCCUGGGACAGUUUCGGGCAUUCAAUAUUGAAUUUUGACACUACCAGAUUGCCUGCUCUGAUUUUUAAUGUACAGAGCUAGCUAUAAUAAUAUUCUUUGCCCGUUUGGUUCGCCUUGUCUGAUCAAAAUGAGAAGAGAGUCAAAUAUUGGGGAGUGUAAGAUAUCUACAACUUCCCCAUAAUUAUUGUAUAUUCUAGUGAGCAGAUAGUGUGACAAAAUAUUGUCUUAAUUUGUAUCAAGUUUAUUUGGAAAUAAAGUUUAAUUUUACUUUCAA